CUUCACCGCCUGUGUUGCCAGGCUCACGCAGAGUCUCGCGAGAGUUGUGCAGGGAGACAGGUGAUAGGACCCGGAAGUGUCUCAUUUCGGGAUCUGGGGGACAGACAGUGAGAGUUACCAGGAUGGACGGUGAGAGCUCACACAGACAGACAUUACACCCACCUUAUUAUUAUCGCCCUAUUUAUCAAACACCGACACCACCAGCUCAUCGAGGGGGGGGGGGUGUCUGUGUUAGAUCUAGGCCCUGUCCUGAUAUAUCCAUUAUUAGGGACCCCCAAAUAGCUGGCACCCCUUAACUCCCUACCCACCUAUCAGUUCAUUAAACUAGCACUCAUUAUAGAUUAGCAAAACACAUGGCCCCCUGUCCUGGGCUCCUCAUUGGUCAUUGAGGGCUUAAUAUAGAUAAUUGUGUAUCACCAACCCCAAAUAAUGCUCUUUAAAUCAAAAUCCUAAAAAGACCGUCAUGCCACCCACCAUGCCACCCAUCAUGCCACCCAUCCUGUCAACCACCAUGAUGCAGCUUGACUUGUUUUCUUAUUAAACCACCAUGUCAGAUUAUAUAUAUAUAUAUAUAUAUAUAUAUAUAUAUAUAUUAUAUAUUUGUUUCUGUUCAUGUUAUGCUUUGCCCUAGAAUUUGUAAUAAUUGUGGUUUCAGGUGAUGCUGUCAUGGUGUCAUGAUGUCAUCAUGCUUUUUGUAGUUUUGUAGGCAUUGCUAAUUGUCUUGUGACUGUGUUUGGGGUGUGCCCCUGUAACGUAAAACACUCCCUAGUUCUGUGCUGUGUAUUGAUUCACUGACAGUGAACUUUGUGCUUGAUAUGAGCAAAUGGAAGGUGUAUGAGUGAAAGUACAGCCCCAUCAGAUAGGCUUGCCUAACUCUUCUGAAGGUUUAUAUGUAAAUAAAGGCAGUUUAUGCGUUGAAUACCGACUAAAACAAUAUUUAUUAAAAAAAAAAAUUUUUUAAUAUGCUAAUAAUUUGUUUCUUGAUUUGCAGACACAAUGUUUCAGCUUAAGGUAGGUAAACACGUAGUUAUGUUAAAACAAAAAUCAUUGUAACUAAAAUUGUUUGGUUGUGCUUGUAUUAAUAAUUAUUUAUAUUUGUAAAGACAACCUAGGCUAAAAUAAAUAAAAAGCAACAUGUGUUAGAAUUUAAGUGGGUUUUGUUAGCAUAAAAUAUAACUAAGUUUGCCACAUUCGCCACAAUUUCCUGGAGACAUAUGGUGUAAAUUCUUUUUAAUUAUUUUUUUUAUGUUUAUGGUCCCUACUUUAAGUCAUCCGGCAGCCCUAAGUAUUUUCCAAAUAAAAUUGGUAAGAGCACACACUUAAUUUAAAAUAAUAAAAUGGUAUUUAAAAUAAAAAAAUAAAUAAAGCACACACUUUUCAGAUUAGGGUGUCAUUUUAUAAAAAAUGUAUCCAGGCACAGAAGAAAAUCAGAAAACAUGACCAAGUAAUGUAAUAUUGCUAAAUAUAUAAUUUAGUAUCCUGAUAUUUUCACAAUUUUUAUACCAGCACCCACAAUGCUUGUGGCAGACAGUGCAUUUGGAGACGUGACUGCUGCAGAACCUCUCAUUUAAGAAGAACAUUUUGGUAAAAAUGUAUAUCAUUCCAUCUGGGCAUUUCCAAACUAUUUGGUUAACAUCAUCAACAGGUGGAAAGUGAUCCCCUACCAAUGUAGACUUUGACAUCCUCUCCUUCAUUGACUAUUGGCCCAUGUUAAAUCUUUCUUAAAUGCAGGGUUGUGUAAGGAAAAAGUUUAUUUACAUUAAUUUUCACGUUGUAUAUAGAUAAGAAACCUAGAUCAAUGUUGAAAUUAAAAAUCAUCUAAACAUUUUCUAUUUACCUGUAUCUUGUAUAAUAAUGCACACUGUUAUGCUGGUAGCCAAUUUGCAUUACUUGACAUCUAGAAUGUCUUAAACAGAGGAAAAAUAUUCCAUGUAUACAUUUGCAAUCAGUUUGGUCAGCACCAUGUACAGGUUGCCCAACAAAUGUCAAUUUUGUCAUUCUCUUCUCUGUUGAUUGGUCCAUACUAAAUCUCUGAAUCAGUCUUAUGUAGGUAUUAGUUUUUUUUUUAUUUUAUGUAUUUUUAUAUUUCUAAUAUCUCCUUAGUCACUGUCGUGAGGAUUUUCACUAGUACCCCAACACCUCUAAACAGAAUAACAGGCAGCAGACAGUGGCCAACAUAUAGUUAUCACGAAGCGCGUCGGGAGAUGAGACUCGAAAUAACAGCACAUAACGCUCUGUACAGAUUUCAAACUCUGCUCAAUUUAAUGAUUCAAAAUUCAGACAAUAUAUAUAAGAAAAAAUUGUCUUAUGACAUACAGAAGGAAUAUUUCCAUAGUUGAUCAAUGUACAUGGCAAAAGCAAAAUGAUAGAAGAUGCAAGUACCUCAAUUGGCAAUAAUAAUAUGUCAAACUAACCUAAAAUAAACAUACGUUGUUCAAAAUCAUCUACUUUGAAACUAAAUAUGCAUGUUUGCUAAAAGUAGGAAGGGUCAGCUUAACCCCUUAAGGACACAUGACGUGUGACAUGUCACGAUUCCCUUUUAUUCCAGAAGUUUGGUCCUUAAGGGGUUAAAAGCAUAGGGUUUUCUUAAAGUAAUAUAGACUUGACAACACUCAAUAACUAUACUUAAGCAGUAAUUCUUAUAGAUGAGAUAGAUAUAUAUUAUCUUGUGCUCUAAUUAUAGCUUAGGAUAUAGGCUUUAUCAUCUUAAUGGUGCGUUGCUAAAUUAUAUCUUUACUAGAUAUAUUUUUAAUCCAAUAAUAUAUCUACUAAGCAUUGCUUUACUUUGUCUUUCCAGAUCACCAAUUGUUGGUAUAUAUAAUAUAUAUUUUUUUUUUCCUUUAGUUCACUGCAAAGCAGUUGGAGAAAUUGGCAAAGAAAGCUGAAAAAGAUGCCAAAACCGAACAAGCUAAAGUGAAAAAGGUGCCACGAUUCUGCAUGCACGCGCUAACAGAUAUGUGAUUGUUUGCAGGUUUUUAGGAAUAGUUUGUGAAAAGAUUAAAUGGGCGCAUCGUCCAGGAAGUACUGUAGUUUCUUUCCCAACAUUUCAUUGUACGCCUUCUAUUAGUACAUUAUUGCUGGUUUAAGGUUGUGUGUGUGUGUGUGUGUGUGUGUGUGUGUGUGUGUGUGUGUGUGUGUCACCUAAUUUCUUUAUUCAGCCUGUUUACAUCAUAUACAAACAGUGUGUAGGGCAGGCUAUUCUUUUUUUGAGUUGCAUAGUUGCUGGACUACAGAUAUGUGAUCUAGCAAACUGACAAUGCACAGCAGCCAUAUUUGUGUAGCAAGGCUUGUAGAAGUGGCAUUUUUAUUAUGGAUUAUAGAUAAAUAAUGUGGAAGAUAGUCGUUUACAUGUGAAUUCUCUAAUAAAUCAGAGGUCAGUAUGGGUUUACCUAACAAUAUAAACCAUUUCUAAAGCAAACGCUCAACUCUUCUACAUAUGGUGCAACAGGUUCUUGUAAAUAGAGUAUAAGUGGCCUUCAAUUUAUUAAAACCAUGAUUAAAGUGUUUUUUGUUUUGUUUUUGUUUUUUAAAUUCAGAUAAAAAAAAAAAUUUAGACUGCAAUUCAGUUUGUUUUUCAUGUUUGUUUUUGUUUGUUUGUUUAGUUUUUUUCCACAUUUUCCAGCUUGCAAUACAGUAAAAAAUUAAACAAGGUUACUGUACCAUAUGUAUGAAAGGAUUGGGAUAACUUUUAAAGACUUUAAAAAAAAAAAAAAAUCUUAUUAUUUAAAAAUCAAAAAAGUUGCUGAGCUGGAGGCAUGUUUUUUUUUUUUUUGUAUUUUUGCUUUCCAAACAGGCGUUACAACAGAAGAAUGUGGAGGUAGCACGGGUUUAUGCGGAGAAUGCCAUCCGAAAGAAGAACGAGGGGUUGAACUGGCUGCGGAUGGCAUCGCGAGUGGACGCUGUGGCUUCCAAGGUCCAGACAGCUGUCACCAUGAAGGGGGUAGGUGUCUGACAUAAUCCUGAUUUGUGUUCUUGAUAAUCACUUCCUCAUUCCUGGUUUACAAGUUUAACCUGCUAUGGAAUCUCAACACCCGAAACACAAAGACGUAGAUUUUUAGAAUCUAACUUUUCCUGGGGAGGGUUUUUUUUUUUUUUUUUACACCUACUGCUCCUGUAUGUCGAAUGGGUUUUGUUAAAAUUGUUUAUUUUGUUCUACCUGUUGUACAGUGCUGCAGAGUAUGUUAAGGUUAGAUAAAUUAUUUUAAAUCUGUCAAAUUCACCCAAGAAAUAGGAGUCAAAGCUGAAGUGAAUAAGGUCCUGAGGUUUAUUUACUAAACCGUGAAUUGCAAAGCAUUGACCAAAGUAGCCGAAUUAAAGCCAUUCUUUUUUUCAGCGUGUAGAGGUUAGCAUCAAUUGUGAAAUUCCGUUUUUAGAUUACUACUUAGUGAGUUUCCUUCCAAAACUUUAGUUGACAGUUUUAUUUCAAUGUAUAAUUCUUGUUGAAACAGACAUAGACCAAGAGAGGAUAUAAAAUAGGGACUUCCUGUCUAGUCUGUGCCAUGUAAAGGGCUCCCACUCUAACCAUACUGUGCAUUUUGUUAAUAGGGUUAUUCACUACAGUGAGAGUUCAAAGUAAAUUUAAAGGAACACUAAAGGGCUAGGAACACAAACAUAUAUUCCUGACCUAAUAGUGCUGAAACCACCAUUUAGGAGGCUUGCCCCCGUCCCCUUAAAAGGUUAUAAAACCUUAUUUUCCAGCGCCAUGCUAGUCCACUAUCUAAAUCGUCGCGGGGGCAGGGCCAAACACCGGCUUGCCCAAUCAGCACCUCCUCAUAGAAAUGCAUUGAAUCUUGAGGAAAGUUUAUGGAGACGCUGAACGGCAGUGCUGCUGCAACACUGCCACAAUGUGUUUACAUGAAAAUGCCUGUAGGGACUGUCAUUAAGCUGUAGUUGUUCUGGUGAUCAUAGUGUCCCUUUAAAAAUAGCCAAAUUGAAAAAAAGGAAUAUUCUAGUGAAGCUCCCUGCAUAACAUUAAAGAGGAAUCGUGCGCCCUGCUCUUGUGAGCUUGCAAAUGAAUGGGAGGCAUAUUUGAAGGUAGUGGGUGACCCAUUAGACGUGAUCAGUUUAGAAAUAUUUAUGGGAGAAAAGACUGGCCUUGGUUCUCUUUGAAUUGGUGAGUUUUUUUCAGAGAACGUUUAAAGAUUCAUCUCUCUUCUGGUUUCUUUGUGCUUGGGAAACCCUAUGGAGGUGCUAGGCUCUUUUCUAUGCGUUUAUGCACUGAACUAACAACUGAAAUGUUUUCCGUUUACUGCUUGACAGGUAACUAAGAACAUGGCCCAGGUGACCAAGGCUUUGGAUAAAGCUCUGAGCUCCAUGGAUCUGCAGAAGGUGUCCGCUGUCAUGGAUAAAUUCGAAACACAGGUUCAGAACUUGGAUGUGCACACAUCGGUGAGUAAGGGACCAAGACAUAUUCACUGGAUUUGGUUAGUCCAUGUGAUGUCCAGUUUUUAUCUGUCAGGUAUUGUUCCCUCCCCAAAUUGUUAAUAAAUUCAGCCCCCAUCACCAGUUGACUACAUCCAGUAUGUAGAAAUAAAGCACCCUUUUGGAUGAAGAGGAAAAUGGCUCAUUGUUAAAGUUUAAUAUUGUUUUUUUGAUAGAAUAUGAAUAUUCUAUAAAGGAUGGAUUGCUGUAGCAUUUGUUGUGUUGUGACCACAUGGUUGGCAUUGCAGAGGGACACAGUGACGUAUUUGUGUGCCACACUGGUUUCUCUCUGGGGCUUUCCAGUCACACUGGCUGCCCUUGCUUGGUUUUUCCUCCUCAUCCCCCCUCCCUCCCCCCCCAAGCUUCCAAGUCAGUCUGUGCCUUCAUGUGUUUGAUGUAAAGCAGGCACCAUUUGCCUCAAUGCUGAAGCCAGAUAUUAUUGAGACUGCUGACUUGUUUUUCCUUUUCAAUCCCAUACAUUUUCUAAUUCCAUGAUAGUGGGAGGAAACUGUGUGGUUAAUAACCUUCACAGUGUUUCUGUGAAACUUAAAAAGCACACAAAACUCACAUUUUGAUUCAUUAAAAUAAGUUUUAUUGUUUACACAAGCUGUAACAGUCUAGUUGGAAAAACUCAAGUCCGUAUCUGGACUGGAGGUCAGGGGAGCUGGAGUGCUAGGGCUGGAAGACCACAUUUGGCCAUAUUUCCAUACUGAUGAAAGUUGUUUAUCCCCUGCAAAACCUCUUAUGUUUCCUUCUAUCAGGUGAUGGAUGAUGCUAUGAGCUCAGCGAUGACCCUGACUACACCGCAGGAACAAGUGGACAGCCUGAUCUUACAGGUUGCAGAGGAAAAUGGGUUGGAGGUGAUGGAUCAGUUGAGCCAGUUACCCCAGGGAGCUACUUCAGUGGGAGAGAGCUCCACACGCACCCCAGAGGACCAGCUGUCUCGCAGGUUAGUACCCUGUGUCCUGUAUUUAUUUAGGCAGAGAACACUGCAUGGAAGCUCAUGGUCAUGUCUAGCUGUGGGUUACAGAUAUAGUAUGACUUUGGUGUGUGUAAAUAAAGGGACACUCUAAGCACCAACAUAACUUUAGCUGGAUUAAAGGGACACUAUAGUCACCAAAACAACUUUAUCUUGGUUCAAUUCUUUGCAAUUUAGAAGUUAAAUUACCUUUUGUUUCUGUUCAUGCAGCCCUAGCCAUGCCUCCUCUGGCUUGUGGGUGUAACAACCAGCAAUAAAAAAAGUUUAAUUUUCGAUAAUAUGUUAAUUUACUUUAGAAGUUUUUAUGUACUGUUGUGUAAAUUGAACUGUAAUCGCAUACAGGAGACUCCUGUAGGCAGGGGUGUAUUUACCCCGAGGCAAACAAGGCAUUUGCUUUGGGCGGCACUUUCUGGGGUGUGGCAAAAAAAGCCGCCCCCCCAAUCGCUCUGGCAAAUGCCGGAAUUAUGUCAUUCCUGCUCUGGCAUCACUACGCAGCGCGCAAGGGAGCUGAACAGAAGGAUUAGUGCUCCCUCGCCAACUGCAGUCACCGCCCAGCCGCCCACCAGCCCCACUGGGCGGCACUUUCUGGGGUGUGGCAAAAAAAGCCCCCCGCCGCCCAAUCGCUCUGGCAAAUGCCAGAAUUAUGUCAUUCCUGCUCUGGCAUCACUACGCAGCGCACAAGGGAGCUGAACAGAAGGAUUAGUGCUCCCUCGCCAACUGCAGUCACCGCCCAGCCGCCCACCAGCCCCACUGGGCGGCACUUUCUGGGGUGUGGCAAAAAAAGCCCCCCGCCGCCCAAUCGCUCUGGCAAAUGCCAGAAUUAUGUCAUUCCUGCUCUGGCAUCACUACGCAGCGCACAAGGGAGCUGAACAGAAGGAUUAGUGCUCCCUCGCCAACUGCAGUCACCGCCCAGCCGCCCACCACUGGACCCCAGGGAAAGUGUUAAUCCACCCCAGCAUUCCCAAAGGUACCGAGGCUGGGGGGAUAGAACUUUUGUGUGUGUGUGUGUGUGUGUGUGUGUGUGUGUGUGAUCUAGCAAUCUAUUAACCGUGCAGCAUUUAAAACAUUCUAAAAUAAACAAUUUGCAGCACAGGAAGUGUAAACUUUAGAUCUCCCUUUACAGGAAGUGUUUAGGAAGGCUGUGCAAGUCAUAUGCAGGGAGGUGUGGCUAGGACUGCAUAAACAGUGAUUUAACUCCUAAAUGGCAGAGAAUUGAGCAGUGAGACUCCAGGGGCAUAAUCUAUACACCAAAACUGCUUCAUUUAGCUAAAUUUGUUUUGGUGACUGUAGUGUUCCAUUAAGUUGUUUUGGUGUAUAGAUCAUGCUGCUGCAGUCUCACUGUUGCCCAUAAUCUGCCAUUUAGGAGUUGAACCACUUUCUUUAUUCUGCCCUAGCCACUUCCAUAGCUGAGAAUCACAAAACCUCCCUACACACUACUUGAAGAAAAAAAAAUCUUUACUUGUACAGUGUGUUUACAUUAGAAUUUCCUGCUGUGUCAAUUACCUAUUCGAGCCUGCAACAGUCUGACAAAUACAACUUGAUCUCUAUUUUGUGCCAGCAGAAUUGCUAACAAAUGUCUAUAUUUUUCUAAAAUCAGAGACCAAAAAACAGCCCUUUGCCCCUUCUGUCAAUCAAUUCAGAGGAGGCUGUGCUCUGCAUUUCUGCUUUCAGAGAUAUCCUUCUCUGGUUGUCUCUCCUGUUUGCCUUCACCCUAAGAGAGAAAGCAAGGGGAAAGAGGGAAGAUGGGCACAUCACACGUGCUUUGGCCUUGGAACAAACUAGAGACUAAGGUGCUAUAGCGUUAGGAAUACAGGUUUGUAUUUGUAACGCUAUAGUGUUCCUUUAAUAAAGAUACGAACCUUCAAACACACACUGUGCUCUAAAAAUGUACAAACAUGUGUUUCUGGUCCUAUAGUGUUAAAAACACCAUCUUCUCACCCCCCCCCUCCCCCCCUUUGCCUAACUAAAUAUAGUAAACGUUUGCUUGUUUUUAAGUCUGCAGCUGCUGCUUCUGCCCCUGUCUGUCUCUGACCUGCCUGCUGUUUACUGACAUCAUCAGAAGUGCUGGUCUGAGCCAAUCACAAUGCUUCCCCAUAAGAUUGGCUGAGAUGGAGGUAGAUCAGGGGCAGAGCCAGCACAAAUCAAACACAGCCCUGGCAGAUCAGCAUCUCCUCAUUGAAUCAAUUCAUCUUUAUGAGGAAUGUUCAGUGUUUGCAUGCAGAGGGUGGAGACACUGAAUGGCAGUGCUUCUACUGCAGUAAGCUGUAAUGCAAUAAGCUGUAGUUGUUCUGGUGACUAUAGUGUCCCUUUAAGUUUUUUAGUGCUCAUGUAUCCCUUUAAUACUAAGACUAUAUAGAGUGCACCCCAAAUAUUUUCACUUAAUGCUUACGUUUCUUUUCUUCUUUUAGGCUGGCUGCUCUGAGGAACUGAAAUUUCACCAUAUCGUCUGUUUCCUGGAAAUCCAGGUGUCACCAUAUCGCACUGUGGCAUCUGCCAGUCUCUAUGGGAGGGUACUCUGUUGCUGUCCAAUGUUUGUGCAGUGCUUGAUCCCGAGACUGACCCAACCAUGGAUAGUAUCCUCACAGCAUCAGUCAAGGCCCUAGCUUAGCUCUUAUGUACUUGGCCAAAAUCGCACUAUGAAACCGUCUCCUGUUCCUGCACUAUCCCUGCUUUCAUUAAGACCAUUGCCAGAUGUGGUCUCACGUAGAGGCAUUGAUAACGGGUCUUUUAAGCAUACCGUCCUAGAAAUCCUGGGUUCCUGGUAGGGUCAUCUCAACACUACUCUAAAUUAAACAUUUGUUCAGGUCUAACCUACCCACAGGUAAUAUGCUUCCUUGGUUUUUGGAGGUUUUAUUUUGGCUAGUGUUCCGGUGUUUCUUUUUCCUAUACACACUAAAAUAGUCCAUCCGUUUUAUCGUUAGCUAGGUUUUAUUAAUGUUCAUUUUUGUUUGUUUUAAUCCUACUUUGGAUUAAGGACUCUGGUGCCUUAAUACAUAUUAACUCUAUCACCUGUAAGAUUUGGCAAUAUCAUCGCAGUAAUGGUCAAGUGACAUCUCUUCCACUUGAUUUCAAACAAAACCGAAGAAACUUCAGUCGGCCACCUCUUUUAGGAGCUGUAGAUCUACUAGUUGGGCAUUUCGCUCUUGUAUGUAAGUGUGGUAAUUCAAAGUGAAUUAUCCUUCAUAGGUACAAAAAUGACUGUAAACUAACACAUUUUUAACUCAUUGUUCACGGGCCAGAUUCAGGGUAAUAAACGAGUAAUAUUUCAGGCAAUCUUUGGAAAAUGGAGCAUGUAGUUUUGUGUGCAGAUGCUCAUAUCCGCACUUUCUAACCGAUGAUGGUUUGUGUUAGGUAGAGUGCUAUUUGAUAACUCUGUUUCACGUUUUGCCAUUGGAGUAUUUGACUCCAAAGCACUAAAUUCACAUGGGUGCAUUUUUUUUACUCCAAGAUUGCCAAACUCCUCCACAAAGUCUGUUUUCUGACUGCUGCUACCUCUAGUGCUGUAAAGGUUGCAACAUGUUGUUGUUUUUUUUGUGUGCCUGUUAACCUGUUAAGUGCUGGAGGACAGUACCAAUAGCAUCCAUUAUUUUGUGCAGAGAAUAACACAUUUUGCAAUGCGACUGCACACUGGGUACUGUAUCUGUUGUGUAUGUUAAAGACCACAUACUUACAAUUAGUCAUUAGAAAUAAGGUAAUCAAACUCUGCUCUACUGCACGAGUCGGUAGGUGUUUGUCCUGCAGCAGGAAAGCUCGAUUUGAUUACUCAAUCCUAUUAGAAAUUAAUUACUUGUUAACAGGCUGUCUACCGUGAGAGUGUCUCACAACAGGCUAUCUCCCACUGGAGUUUUGUAGCAUCACUGCAAAAAUGAGUUGUCUUUUAUAUAUGUAAAAAAUGCCUUGUUUAUACAUUUUUUAUUUUUUUUAUUUUUAUUUUUCCUUUCUUUUUUGUUUGUUUGUAAUUUAUCUGGUUUUUCGUUUUUGUUUUUUUCUUGUGUGUUUCAUUUAUGUUUCAAAAUAAAAUCUGAUUUCGAA